AUGCCAGAAUUGGCUAAUGCAAAGAUUGGAUUUGAUGAAAUGGACGAAUAUAAAUACGCAGAUAGCAUACGUGAAAAAAAACGAAAAGAAAAAUUAUUGGGAAAAAAAUCCACAAAAUCGACAGAAUCAGAAUUAAUAUCAUUAAAAAAAAAACGACAAUUAAUAAUUAAUGAUUCAUGGUCUGAUAAAAAAUUAAAGAAACAACGUAAAACGGAACGUAAAGUGAAAAAAGAAAAUAAAAAAAAUUCUCGUGGUGAAACUAUUAAUAAACACAAUAAAAUUGAUGGUGAUGAUGAUUUGGAAAAAGAUGAGUGGGAUGAAUUGCAAAAAGAAGAAAGAUUAAUCAAAAAGUUGAAAAAAGGAAAAAUUAGUCAAGAAGAAUUUGAUAAACAAUUUGGUGAUUUUUGA